AUGACUAAUCUAGAUUCCAGCUCGUCAAAGGUUGGCCAAGGUUAUGCAUCAGCAUCAGCGAACAGAAUUGCAACGAUCGAUAAAAUCGAUGUUUUUCAACGUCGUCAGGUCAAAUUCGAGAAGCAUCUCAAUAGAAUCGAACACUCCAUACUCGAACGGCAUACAAGACAGCAUUCACUGUCUGGUUCGUCCACAGAUAAUAAUAAUAAUAAUAAUGGUGUUGUAUGUUUCGAAAAAAAUCGUAAAUUCAAAUAUAGUGAACUAGACGAAGAACAAAGAAGAAGAGUCCUAAACAUUUUCGCCAACUACAAGCACCAUACACAAGCUACAAUACCAAAUCAUGGAUUACAAUGUGACCCAAUCGAUCCACCAGAAUACAGAGAAGACACUAGUGUGGCAAACAACACCGAAUUUACGUUUCAUUUCCGAUCUGAUAUUGUUGCACUAUUAGUCAUUGAUUUCCUAUGCAGAACAAGACCUGGUCAGCCUCAUCUGGUCUUAUUUGAAUGGCAACCUUCUGGUUUUUCCACUUGGAAAACCGAGUUCAAGGACAUAGACAAACAUGUCGAAUAG